AUUAAGGUGGGCUUGAAAACAAGAGAGAGUCAACGACAUCAGAGUAAAAGAGAUAAAUAUAUAAUGUUGCCACCAAAAAUACAAUUUCGUAUUCUCCCUAAUAAUGAGCGUAUAAAUUGAUUUUUAAAGUAAAUUACCCUUGAAGAUACUUUUAGCUAUUAUUCUAAUGCCAAAAAAUAUACUUAGUUGAGAAAUAUUAGAUAUAAAAUUUAAUAUUACUUAUUAGAAAAUAUAUAUGGGGGAUUAUGUGUGGCAACACUAAUGUCCGGACGCCAUAUUGGUUUUGACAUUGUUGACGUCACAAGAAAAAUGUCUGCGGCCGGUUGCGCACCAUUUUAUCUUGUACUAAUGUUUAUUUGUAAUAAAUAAACUACUUCCAUUUAAUUCUACAUACAUUGAUAACGUUGAGUCGAGCUUGCUCCUCCGUUGCUGUGUUUUGGUGAAAUUAAGUGUGUAUUUGUGAGAUAUAGACUCGGUGUUGAGACAGUGACUUGUUUGAUUUUGUUUUGUGUUUAAUUCGCGAUGAGUUCACAAAAAGAAAACACAAGAAUCUGCUGCUUGUGUGGAUCUUCACCUUCUAAAGAUCCCAGCAUCACUUUGCAUCGGUUUCCAAAGCCUGGCACUAAAAAUGCUCUGCGUUGUGAAUUAUGGGCAAAGUAUUGCUUCCCAAACGAAGCCUGGUCUUCACCAAAAUUCCAGGACGCCUCCAUAAACAACAUAAGAUGCUAUGCAGCAAACAUUUCAAAAGCACAUGCUUUAAUGAGAAGAAGUUGUUCAGAACAGCUGUACCUGAUGUUCAAUGCCAAAAGGAUACAACAACUUCUAAUGUGCCAGAUCAAUCUGCCAUAUUUGAACCUGUUGCCGGUCCAUCCAGAAUGAAUCCUUUAACAGAACAUAAUGUAAACAUUAUCACUCCGACCAAUUCAGGAAUGUUUGUGUGCAAGUCUUCAAAACAAGAAAGUGACCAGAAAAGCAAAAUGUUGAGGAAACUGAAAAGUAGUAUGAACAAGGUGUAUAGAUUACAAAAAACUGUAAAACAUUUAAAAAACGAAUCUUUUUUAAAUGUUAUUUGUAACAAUGAGACAGUCCGAGAAAUCCUCAAUACAAAAAUGAGUUCGACAUUUGCACUGUUACUGCAAGGAGAACUGCAGAAUUAUAAGAGGAAGAAGCCUGGUCGCAGGUGGAACAUGGAGGCUAAAAUAAUAGCAUUGAGGCUCUACAAGAGGUCACCAACUAGCUACAAAUUGCUAAGGAGAAUGCCAAACAUACUACAGUUAAAAGUUUAUCCACGAGAAGAUUCCAGCAGGAUCCUCUUGAAAAUUUAUUUGGAUGCAUUCGAUUCAACUGUGGAUCCAAUAGCAACCCAACAGUUGCACAAUUCGUUGCUGGAUUAAAAACAGCUGUAAUAAGCAACAUGGCACAUACUAGCUCAGGUAAUUGUGAGCUGGAUAGCAACAGUGCCAUAAUUACCAAUUUUAAAAAAUUAUUGACACCAGCCACAGACAUGCACACUGAAACUGAACAAUCGGAGUCUGUUAUAGAAAAUGAAAUUGAAGAAAAUAUUAUUUCCUCCCUGGAACAAAAUUUGGAGGAAGGAAGUAGCGAACUACAAGCAUGUGCUUAUGUCUGUGGCUUCAUAAUUAAAAAAUAUAAAAAUAUUUGUAAGAACUGUAAAAAUAUUUUAGUCUCCGAAACACCAGAAGAAGUGCAUAAUUUUAUAGAGUUUAAAAAUUAUGAUUCGGUAAAAAAUUCUCUUACAUACGCCUCUAAAAAUUUAAUAGAUUG